AUGAAGUCCUCCAUGAAGAUGCUCCUCGCCGGAGGCGUCCUGUCCUCCGGCGCCCUCGCCCAGACGAGCGGCGACCUCACCGUCCUCGCCAUGAACGUCGCUGGUCUCCCCGAGCUCCUCCAGAACAACGAGGUCCCGGGCGAUAAGACGACCAACUCCAGGACCAUGGGAUCGUACUUUGCCAAGUACAACUACGACAUCAUCAAUGUCCAAGAGGACUUCAACUACCACGCCUACAUCUACGAGACCGACACCCACCCCUACCGGACUGCGACCUCGGGCGGCGUCCCCUUCGGCUCCGGCCUCAACACCCUCUCCAACUAUGACUGGAUCGAAUUGGAGCGCGUCAAGUGGAACACCUGCUCCAACGCCUCGGGCGCCGACUGCCUGACCCCCAAGGGCUUCACCUUCCUCCGCGCCCGCAUCGCCGAGGGCGUCUACGUCGACGUGUACAACCUGCACACCGACGCCGGCACCGAGGCCGACGACCUGACGGCCCGCAACAGCAACCUCAACCAGGUCUCCGACUACAUCAACACCUGGUCCGUCGGCAAUGCCGUCCUCGUCUUUGGCGACACCAACAGCCGCUACACGCGCACCUCGGACCAGAUCGGUGUCUUCGCCUCCAAGAACGGCAUGACGGACGUCUGGCUGCAGCUCGAGCGCGGCGGCGUCGUCCCCACCGCCGAGACGCUCUGCUCCAACCCCAGCACGACCAACUACUGCGAGACCGUCGACAAGGCCUUCUACCGCGGCAACUCGGUGGUGGACCUCAAGGCGACCUACUUCGCCUACGAGAGCAGCAAGUUCCUCCAGUCCAACGGCAGCAUCCUGUCCGACCACAACCCCAUCACCGCCAACUUCACCUGGUCCCUGUCCUCGACCCUGCGCCAGUCCGACUUCUCCGGCGGCCCGCACGGCGACUGGUUCUCCGACCUGCCGACGCUGGCCGGCAAGACCAAGCCCAAGGCCUCGGUGCUGACCUUCCGCGGCUCCAACCGUCUCGACUCCGUGGGUCUCACUCUGGCCGACGGCACGGCGCUGACGCACGGCGGCACCGGGGGCACCGCGGCGACUCUGACGCUCGGCGCCUCGGAGUACUGGACCGCCGCGAAGCUCUGCUGGGGCCAGAAGGACGGCCAGACGCGCAACUUCUACAUCCAGGCGACGACUAGCGCGGGCAAGACGCUGGCGGCCGGUACCUCGACCUCUGAGUGCGCGACGCACACGGCCCCCGCUGGAUGGCAGAUCGUCGGCUUCUUGGGACGGGACGGGGAUGAGAUGGACAGGUUGGCGUUCGUCUAUGCGCCGCAGUAG